AUGGAAAAUCAAAUGAUUCAAAAAUGUUUUCAAUUUCGAACCGAUCAUUCAAUGUUUAGAUUGAAUGAUUCAACGGAUCAAAAUGAUGAUCAAUUAAUUGAAUUGAAAAUUUUACAGGAUUCAGAUAAUCAAUAUUCAUCGAUUACAUGGCCAAGUGCCGAUCUUCUUUGUCGAUUUAUAUUGACCAAUCGUUUGGCUUUCAUUGGUAAAACUGUUUUAGAGCUUGGUUCGGGUACUGGAAUCUGUGGUAUUUUGGCAGCAAAAAUUGGCGCCAAAGUUAUUCUAAGUGAUCAGAAAAUUGAAACAUUCGAAUUAAUUCAUAAAAAUGUUAAUCUUAAUAAUGUUGAAGCUCAAUAUAUUCCAUUAGAUUGGAGUCGAAAAAUUGAUUUGAUUAAUGAUCAAAUUCCUACCAAUAUUGAUUACAUAAUUGGAUCGGAUCUUUGUUAUGAAGAUGAACAACAAUUUGAAAAAUUAUUACUAACAAUUGCAUUUUUGAUACGAAAUAAUCAACAAACAUCAAUACCAUUCUAUAUGACAUAUCAUUUUCGUAGCUCUAAUUAUCAUAUUGAAUGUUUACUUCGAAAAUUUAAACUUCAAUGUAAACUAUUGUUUCAUAGUGAAAAUUUAAAAAUUUAUUUAUAUGAAAUUACAUUGAUAUGACUAAUCACAAGAGAGAAAAACGAAUCAUCACUAAACAUUCAUCUUUGAUGAUUGGUUAACAAUUUUGAAUGAAUAAUUUUCACUAC